GCAAUGGAACUGAAUGCAGCCCUUCAAGCCGCCGUUUGGUGGUCGACAAUUCUACUUCUCAAAUUGGCAACCUUUGGUCCGAUUGUUGGAUUUACUCGCUCGAAGAAGAAGGUUGUUGCAUCUGAGGAGGAUGCCAAGUUCAUGGGUGAUGGUGCUACAGUGAGCACUAGUGACCCUGUUGUUGAAAGAAUCAGACGAGCUCAUCUGAACGACAUGGAAAACAUAAUCCCUUUCAUUGGACUGAUCUUUGUCUACGCUAUUUCUGGUGCUGGUGAUGCUGGCUGUGUUACUCUUGUCUCCCAGAUUUUCACUGCUGCCAGAUUCAUCCACACUGUAGUUUAUCUUGGACAAGUUCGUCAACCUGCUCGAGCUCUAGCAUUCUUUACUGGACUACUUUGCAAUGUUUACAUGGCAGUGAAGGUUCUGCUUCACCUUUACUAGGUUGUUUCACGGACAUAGCACAUUUCGGGGAUCUUUGGUGAGCCUUAGUAUGCACACUUUUCUAAUUGAGUUGAUGUAAGAUUUUUAUUAUUUCUCAACUGAUUUUUUGCAUAAUUUAUAUACUUUCAUGUGUGUGUGAAAUUUAUGUAAACCGCCCGAAUAAUUUGGAGACAUUUUGUCAAUUUAAAGCUGUACAAUUUGUAAACUUGUAAUUUUUGUUCAACAAUUUAAUUGUACAUAUUAUUAUAAUUCUUUAAUGCAUGUUAAUGUUUAUUACAUAGAAUAUUAUUUGCAUGACGUGAUGUAUAUUAUUAUUAAAUUUAUUAGUUAUGAAUCAAAUUAUAAUCUAUUUUCCGAUGAAUAUUUACUUAUUCUUAUAAUAUGAUAUAAUGGGGUUAUAUAAUAAUAACGGGGUUACUAUUGAACAUGAAUGAUGGAUGAUGAGUGAUGACUUUGUAUGAAUUUAUUUUAUUUUAUUUUAGAACUUAAUCUUUUAACUAUAUC